GGUAGAUCUAAAUUGGCUACCACAGAAGCAGGGAAGAAGGUUAGUGAGAUUGUGUUGUCUGUUAGAUUGUGGAGUUCAGUGGAAGAUUGCAUACGAGCUUCACAGCCGCUUUUAAUUGUCUUGAGGAUCGUUGAUGCUGAUGAGCAACCGGUUAUGCCAGAGCUUUCACUAGCCAUGGAUUGUGCCAAGAAAAAAAUCAGCGAGUCAUUUGAAAAUAAGGCUAGAGUUUUGAGGAGCCUACUUGGGAUCAUUGAGACACGAUGGGAAGUCCAGAUGGAGGUCAAAUUAUACGGGGCAGCUUUGUUUUUAAAUCCGUCUAAAUAUUUUGAUCUCAAACAGACUGAUCCCACAUCAGCAUCAAAGAAACGAUCAAUGUUUAAUGAUGUGCUUGAAAAGAUGGUCACUGAUGAAACAUUGCAAGCCAAGAUAAGUGAUCAAGCGACAGAUUAUGACAAAUUGAGAGCAAGUUUUGCAAAGCAGCUCGCGAUUAAGCAACAAAAAUCUAAGAGUCCUCUUGAUUGGUGGGAUGCUUUUGGUGGACUCGCUGUUGAGCUGCAAUCGUUCGCAAAACGCAUAGUUGGUCUCUGUUGUACCUCUUCUGGCUGUGAGCGUAAUUGGAGCACUUUUGAGUUUAUUCAUACAAAAAGAAGAAACAUGUUAGAGCAUAAGAGGUUGAAUGACUUGGUUUUUAUUCAACAUAAUCGGAAGAUAGCGACCAGAUUUCAGAAGCGGCGUGAAGAAGGAACAAACUUCAACCCUUUAAUAUAUAAAGAUUUCCAAUGGAACAAUGAAUAGGUCAGCAAUGACGUUGUUCAUCCCGGUGAUGAUCUUCUUUGGAGUCAAGUUGAUGAAACUGUGGGUGCAUCAAGCAGUCUUCAAGGUCGUAAUCUUCCUAGGACUAGUAGCUCUCGUGGAGAAUCUGUUUAUUAUUCUCGACGUCGUGGUUCAAAUUCUUCAUUAAGGUUGAUUGAUGAAGACAUGAAUAAUGAAGAAGAAAGUUUUCCAAAUGAUGAUGAAGAUGUUGAAGAUGACUAUGGCCAAACACCACCCACUCCUACUAAUGAUGAUGAUCAGUGCAAUCAAGGCCGUAGAGAUGAUUUAGUCCUUGAUGAUUUUUGAGAACUUAGUAGUUUGAUCUUUACGCUGUUUAUUUGAGAUAUACAUUUUUAAUCUUAAUUCUCAUUAGAUAAACCUUGUUUUUAAUUAUUAAUUGUGGG